AUGUUGCUACGCCUGCAAGCCUACACCCUGAAGGUGGAAUACAAGAAGGGGAAAGAGAUGUAUGUAGCCGAUACUCUCUCGCGAGCGUAUUUACCCCUCGAGAGCUCAGUGGAAUCUAGUGUGCGUAGACUAGAGUAUGAACAGGUUAACUUCACUGAAUCGCUCAAUGUCAGUGAGCCGCGACUCAGACAGAUUCAGACGCACACAACGCAAGAUACGUGUCUACAGACAUUGAAAUCGGUAAUACUGUCUGGCUGGCCUGAUACCAAAGAGGAGGUACCAGUUACAAUUCGCGAAUAUUGGAACUUCAGAGACGAACUCGCAGUGCACAACAGAAUUCUAUUCAAAGAAAGCAGAGUUGUGAUUCCGAAGUUACUCCGUAAAGAAAUGUUGACCAGGAUACAUUCAAGUCACCAGGGAAUAGUGUCAUCCUUGAGUAAGGCUCGUGGAGUGAUUUUCUGGCCAAACAUGGGUAACGAAAUACGAGAUCAUAUCCAGCAAUGCGGGACCUGUUGUGAGUACGACAUUCGUCAGCAGAAGGAACCCUUGAUAACGCAUGAUAUUCCCGACCACCCAUGGGGGAAAGUCGGAGUAGACCUGUUUACGCUGCAGAAAACAGAUUAUCUAGUGUCGGUUGACUAUUAUUCUGAUUUCUGGGAGAUUGAUACACUAUCAGACACUACAGCAGCGACAGUGAUUGCCUGCUUGAAAAGACAUUUCAGUAGACAUGGCAUCCCAGACAUCGUUAUGUCAGAUAACGGACCACAAUUCAGUAGUGCUGAAUUCGCAGAAUUCGCGCGCGAGUGGGAAUUUAGUCAUACCACUUCAUCACCUUACCAUAGCCAGUCGAAUGGUAAAGUUGAAUCAGCAGUCAAGAUAUCCAAAACCAUCUUGAAGAAAACCAUUAGGAAUGGUCAGGAUCCAUGGAAAGCUAUUCUUGAUUGGCGGAACACCCCUACAGCAGGAAUGGACAGUAGUCCUUCCUAA